AUGAAAACACGGCGGCAGCAGUACGUCUCUCGACCUUCUUCUUCGACCUCAUCAACGAGUGCAAAAGAAGAUAACUCAGAGACGACGAUCUCAACUGAUCUCAUGAUCGAAAUCUCUUUGAGAUUGCCAGCGAAGUCCAUAGCGAGAAGUCGCUGCGUAUCGAAGCUCUGGAACUCCACGCUUCGCGAUCCGUUAUUCACUGAGCUCUUCUUGACCAUGUCUUCGGCUCGCCCUCGGCUCUUGUUCUCCUUGGUAGAAGACCGUGAGCUCUGCUUCUUCUCAGCACCUCAAGGUGAGAGCUCGUCUACUGUCGCCGCAGAUUAUCAUCUCCAGUUCACAUUAGAUGAUUCAUACAAAGUUUGUGGUCAUGUUCGUGGUUUGGUCUGCCUUGCUGAUAUCCGGAACGUAAAGGGAAAAGAAACGGCUCAUGUGAUAUGUAAACCAAGCACAGGACAGUUGUUGGCCUUUACCCAAAAGUGA